UCAAGCGAGAGUUGUGAACGGUGCUUGAAUAAUGCGAGCAACAGUGGUACGGCUGGCAAUGGGAACACAACAAAAUACUGAGUUUUGAAGGCUUGAUCGAAGUUAAUAAGCAGAUCUGCCUUUGUUGGUUGUGAGAGGCAGAGAUGUCUGCCCAAGACAACCCUGUGCCUGUCAUAAAGGAAGGAUUCCUCUGGAAACGAGGAGAACACAUUAAGAACUGGCGGAAGCGAUACUUUAUCCUGCGUGAGGAUGGAUCCUUCCUUGGCUUCAGGACAAAGCCAGAACAUGGACUCAAUGACCCACUCAAUGACUUCACAGUCAAAGACUGUCAGCUUAUGCCCCAGGAGAAGCCCCGUCCUAACACAUUUAUAAUCCGCGGCCUGCAAUGGACAACGGUAGUGGAGCGCAUGUUCUGUGUGGAGAGUGCUGACGAGCGUCAAGAGUGGAUGGAAGCAAUCCGCUCCAUUGCUGCAAACAUGAAAGGCACAGAUGACGGAGGAGCAUCUGUCUUUGAUAAAUCAAAAAAGAAAGUGACCUUGGAUGACUUUGACUUCCUCAAAGUGUUGGGUAAGGGAACGUUUGGCAAGGUAAUUCUGUGUAAGGAGAAGGCCAACAGCCAGCUGUAUGCUAUCAAAAUCCUCAAGAAACAAGUUAUUAUUCAGAAGGAUGAAGUGGCACAUACUUUGACCGAGAACAGGGUCCUACAAACCACCAAGCAUCCAUUUUUAACGCAACUCAAGUAUUCAUUCCAGACACCUGACCGACUGUGUUUUGUGAUGGAGUAUGUGAAUGGAGGAGAGUUGUUUUUCCAUCUGUCCAGGGAACGAGUUUUCACAGAAGACAGAACACGGUUUUAUGGAGCAGAAAUAAUCUCUGCAUUAGGAUAUCUUCAUGAAAAUAAUAUAGUCUACAGAGAUCUGAAGUUAGAAAAUUUAUUACUAGACAAAGAUGGACAUAUCAAAAUUGCUGACUUUGGUCUAUGUAAAGAAGAGAUGUUUUUUGGUGCCAGCACAAAGACGUUUUGUGGAACUCCAGAGUACCUGGCACCAGAGGUGCUUGAGGACAACGACUAUGGCCGAGCAGUAGACUGGUGGGGAACAGGUGUGGUUAUGUACGAGAUGAUGUGUGGACGUUUACCAUUUUACAAUCGUGAUCAUGACAUUUUGUUUGAACUGAUUCUUGUGGAGGAUGUGCGAUUCCCAAAGACAUUAACACAAGCUGCCACAUCUCUACUCGGAGGAUUAUUAAUAAAAAAUCCAAAGAAGAGACUUGGUGGUGGAGAAGCUGAUGUAAAGGAAAUCACAGACCAUCCAUUUUUUGCGCCAGUUAAAUGGGAUAAACUGAUCGAAAAAGGGAUCGCCCCUCCCUGGAAGCCAGAUGUGAAGAGUAGCUGUGACACAAAGUACAUCCCAGACGAGUUUGCACGGGAGCCAAUGUCUCUGACCCCGCCCCACCACAGACAGAGUGAGCUGUCACAAAGCUCACGACAACUGCUGUCCAUACAGGAGGAAGGCGAGAUGCCAUACUUUGAACAGUUCUCCUACCAUGGCACGAGUAGCCGCAGCUUCGGCAGCUACCUUAGCCAGUCUGUGUCAGGCACUGACGAAACGUUUUGAUGUACCGUGAACACAUCCAAUUCAAUGUUAUCAAAGCGUUAAAGCUGAACAGUGUUUUAAAUCUGAAAGAGAAUGUAUCCUUCCUUCCUUUGACCUGAAUUUCAAAUAUCAUUAAUUGGUCUGAUUUCAAAUAUGAAAAUUUACCAGCAUUACUAGUAGUGAUAGUGAUUUUUGCUGGUUGAAAACAGUAUAUAUUUUCCUCAGAAAGCUUUUAAUUGCCCUUACCCUUAAUAUCUUACUUUUUAGGUAUUUUAUACUCACAUACCACUUAUCAAAAGGACUGUGAACUAUAUAUACAGCGAUGACAAACUUAAUGUCUUUCGAAAGGAACAGAAAUGACAUUGCCAUUGUCUGCAGUUUACUUUUUAAUAAUGAUGAGAUCAUUAUUUUGGUUAGGUUUAUCAAUUAAUUUGAACUUGUUAAAUGUAUCAUAAAAUGGAAUGAAACAUUUACCCAGUAGGCCACUACACAGAUAUAAGGGCAACUAAUAGGUUAACUACGGGCUUCCCAGUGAACUUACAGCUGCAGUAGGGAAUUCACCAUAAAUUAAUAGGUAAAGUAGGGAUAACCCUGUUAUCUAAUUUGUUCAGUAGAGAUAGUUCUUGAUUCAAUAUGGAUGUGUCCCUGUGAUUAUUGGUUCAUGAAGGUUGGGAUAUCUCAUCUAAAUAUUUGAUUCAAUAGGGAUGAUCCAGGUGUGCAAAGUAAUGAUUCAGAGAUAUCCCAUGAUGAAAUAGGGCUAUCACAGUAUUCUAAAGGGUUCAGUAGGGUUCAAUAUCCCAGGAUGCAAUAGAGCCGUCACAGUAGAUAAGCUCAGAAGGGAUAUCACAAUAUGUACGAUAAUGGAUUCAGUAGGGAUAUCCCAGGAUGCAAUAGAGCUGUCUCAGUAGAUGGGCUCAGAAGGGAUAUCACAAUAUGUACAAUGAUGGGUUUAGUAGGGAUAUCCCAGGAUGCAAUAGAGCUGUCUCAGUAGAUAGGCUCAGAAGGGAUAUCACAAUAUGUACGAUAAUGGAUUCAGUAGGGAUAUCCCAGGAUGCAAUAGAGCCGUCUCAGUAGAUAGGCUCAGAAGGGAUAUCACAAUAUGUACAAUGAUGGGUUUAGUAGGGAUAUCCCAUGAUGCAAUAGGGCCGUCUCAGUAAAGUAUAUAGAUUCAGUAGGGAUUUCACAGUAUACUUAUGGAUUCAGUAGGGAAAUCCCAUGAUGCAAUAGUAAUGGGUUUAGUAUAGCUCUAUCUCAGCAAAUUUUUCAAUUCAGUAAUGAUAUUCUUGUUAAGUAAUGGGUUUAUUAGGAAUAUCCUGGUAUUAGAAUAGCGUCAGAAAACGUAUUCCUGUAAAAUGUUUGUAAAAAUGAACAUUUCUGUACAGGAAUUAACUCAGUAGCUGAUUAUUGGGCCGGUUGAUCUAUUGAGUGCUUGUAGAAUUCUAAGUAAGUGCUAAAGAGUGAGUGUUACAAAGUAAGAUAGGGGUUAUACUUGUGUAUAGCUGUGUAAUCCUUAGUUUGUUAAUGCUUACAGAGGGUUACUUUUAUGUGUGAUAUUUACAAGUAUAGGUCUCGUUAUACUGAUCCUCCAGUCAGUUGGCCCAUUCAACUAAAAUAUUACUUAAGUCUUGGACAUAAAUAAGGCUACAACAAGAACUACAACCCUUGUAGUACAAGUAGAAGCCGUCCUAGUGUCCCAUUUGUUUUAGGGGAUGGGUUAAACGAUACAGCUCUCUGAGUGAAACAUGAAUCGUUGUUCAUUGUUAUCAUCAGCAUACCAAAGACAACAGUGUUUUGUUUUUUUAUAUUAUAGGAGUUUUGUCUUGUGUCCAUUGUCUGUGUAAACUGCUUAUUUUGAUAGAUUUUAAAGAAAAACUGAGGUGCCUUUUUUGUCAUUUUUUCAUCAUAUGCCAAAAUGACGAUAUCCUUUAAGGUAUAUCGGUUUAGGUUUACAAUGUACAAGGUUUAAGGUUUGUUAAGGUAUUUCUCCUAAAUCUGGUCUCAUUUCAAGGUGUAUACUAUAAUUCCCUAUUAAUCAUUGAUAAUUAUGAUAUAGGUAAGUUUUAUAGAGCUUUUAAUCAAAUCAAGUCAUUAACAUUUGAAAUUAAUGUUCCAAAUUGCUUUAAUUGAAUGAUAUUUUGAUGAUAAUUUACAUAUAUAAUCAAACUUAUUUUUAAUGAUUUAACUGUUUAAGAAUUACAAAAUAUUGCAUAUGUACAGUGAAACACUGUUACUCGGCUCUCUCCAAAAUCCAGCAAAAAAUUAAUAUGAAAUGAGUAAUCCUGUUCGAUUAAAUUGUAUGACUUGAUAUUCCCGUCCAGACAAAAGAGGUUUCACUGUAUAUCAAUAUUAUUUAGUUAGUAUACAAACAGGUAUAUGCAAGUAGUUCAAGCAACAAUUUGAGAACUUUUAGCUUGAAAGGUUGUAUGACAUAACGGACUAUCAAGAUGGGAAGUAGGAUUUUUUUGUCGAAGGGCGUUGAACAUUGAUUGGUCUGACAAUGUUAAUACUUAUUGUUUCUGGGGUGGGAAACUGGACGGCUGUUGAUAUUACCAUUGUUGUACUAAGUAUGCAUAUAUUAUGCUCGUGGUCGUUGAUGCCUUUUUUACCUAGUGAUAAUAUAAUGUUCCAGUACGCUGUGUGCUCUGCACACGCAUGUCUCCAUGUUUGACUGUGGGUUCCCAUACACCUUAUUACAGUUCCACAAUACUUUGUAAUUUAUUGUAAAUGACUAUAUUGUAGUGGAGUUAUCAGUCGGUAUGUCUGUGUAUAUACUUGUAAAUCUAAUGAUACAUUUAUGACAAGUGAUUAUCGGUAAUUGAGAAAAUGUUGUUUGUUUCAAAUGAGAAGGGACAAAUUACAAAUACGAUUGUUUUUAAUGGUAUUCGGUGGAGUGAAAUGCUGGCAUUUCAAAUUAACCUAUUUUAUCCUAUCAAUAAGUGACAUAUGUAGUUAUCAGUUAUUUUCAUACCCCUCCUUUCUCCCUGUCAUAAAUUUUAAGGAACCAAACUUAAUAACUUGCUUUUAAGAGUUUCAAGAAUUUCAAGUUCUUUGUUUCAAGUGUAUUACCAAAUAAUAUGAAAAAAGGUUAACCACUAGACUGUCUACUAUCCUCAGUGUGCUAGAUAAACACCCAUAAAAUGGUUGUUAAUUUUAAAUAAUUUGCCAUCACACACACAGGAUUCCCUGUUUCCAUGUGAAGUUAGAAGUAGUCAAUCAUAAGUAUGUGGCUGGCUUUUGCUACUAUUGUGCUAACAUGUCACCGUUUCCACUGGUGUACAGGCCUAGGACACGGGACCUGUCUCCUAACAAUAUGUUAUCAACUCAACACGGGCUCCUGUAAAGUUCAGUGUUAUAUUAUUAUAUUAAACAGAAGAAAGAGACAUUCAGAUAUGUUUGUACUGUUAUCUACAACUUUAAAAACGUCAUGGUAUUUUAUUCUCCUUAAUUUUAUUUUAAUUUGUACCGGUAAGUAAACUGUUUUACAAAAAAAUAAAUCUUUAAUACAAUACUUACAUAGGUGCUUUGGUUUUUACUGUCAUAUCACUGUAUAGCCCAUUAGCCUUAUUGAAGACAAAUAUUAUAAUGUUAAUAUCAAUCUCUAAGACUGCUACAUGUUCCAUCUUUAGAACAAGAAAAUGUUUUGAGAGUAUGGACAAGUCCAGGGGGCCAUCACAAAAUUACUGACUCAAAGUAGCAGAUUGGCAUACAGGACAAUUAAAUAUCUUUUUAGCGUUUUACUGAAUUCCAUAUAGAUAUAGGCAGGUCUGUUUCUAUGAGUUUGUUUAUGUUCGGAUAAUAACAUUGUCAAAAUGACAAGGUAUGAUGCACUUAUAAUUAUUAGAGAAAAUUCAUUCAUAGUUUUCUUCACAAAGUGUUCAACUUUAAACUUCCUAUCAAUGGAUCAAUAUAUACAUAUAUACCGGUAUACUGAAUUACUCGAUUCCUAAUGAUUAUUAAUAUUGUUUAUCUAUGCUUGAUUUGGAUUCAAAUUUCAAAACAGUGUUAAGUUGAUGCCUGGUAUUGGUGUAUUAAAAGUAUUUUUGUUAACAGAAUAGUUCAAAAUCUUUUUGAAAUCAACAUCUUGAAGACCACUUUUACUGAAAUAUAGGGCAUCAUCAUUCAUGGAACUAGAUAUGAGAAACAUAGUUUGGAUAUGAUGUAUAUAUAUUUUUAGUCCCUAAAACUACCUGAUCUUUGUGUAAUGUCUUAAUUGAUUAUUGUUGGUUUUACCCGGUUAUAGUUGACCAACAAUCAGAAUCGGAGAGCUGCACAUUUAUAUACUGUGUAAACCCGGUGAUGCCUGUCUGUGUUGACCGAGCUUGUUCCAUCCUCUGCAUAUGCUAAUGUGUACAUACUCUUUACACUCAUGCCAAGCUACUAAAAUGUGGCAUAUCAUCAUUAAUGUAAACAUUGCCUAUCAUUACGGCUGCACAAUUAUGACCACACCCAACAUUUAAUCCACAGCUCCAGAUGUUUUCUCGUUUAACAUGGAACAGGCAGGUCUAAGAAAUAAUUUGUUUUCACUGAAUUUCAGUUUUCUAUUUAUUUUAUUUUUAGACCCGAUUUAUGUAUGAUAACUCAUUCUUGUAUUUAGAUAAAUCCUAAGAGGUACGAAUUCCACCCUGAGAGGUUUUACAUAAGUUUGGCAGCUGGAACUGAUGUUUCGCUCCAUGUCAUUACCCAGGCUCUGAUCCAACCUCCAUAGACAGUUAUUCUUGCCUGUGUUUCUGACCUGACCAGCCAUCUAUUACUACCUUGUGCUUUUGUACUGUUGUUACACUACCUCAAUCACUUAGGUAAAUCUAAAUGAUGAGAGGAUGGUGGUUGGUUGAACAGAUUUUUGUUCCACUUCCCCAUACAUUUUUUAUUUAAUAAAUAAUCAACAUAUGUGCAUGUAUUUAUAUUGGAAUAUUUAACGAGGGUGAGAAAAUGUUUGAAAAACAUUUAUCAAAGCAAAGGCUGCAAAUCGUUUUUCCAACUUCUUUAAAUUCUGAGUUAUAUAUAACACCAUAAUAUACAAACGUAUGUUGGUGAUUAUAUCAAUUUUUCAUCACGUCUAAAUGUAAUGAAAUGUGCAUUCAUGUCUACCUCAGUGCCUGUAAAGCUAUGUGACUUCGAGAUUCAAAUUAUUUGGCUUUGCAAACAUCUAUCACAUGAUGCUAUUUACAUCAUACCAACAAGCUAUGUGCAACUGGUAUGGUAGAUUCUGGAAGCUGCAGCCAUUGGUCCUUCUCUAUGUGUUAAUUGUUUAUGUAUGCACAUGUACAUGAACAGAUGUAUCCUCUUUAGCUCCAAAAAGUAAACUCUUCCAAGGCUAGUGACAAAUAGCUAGUUUGUUUACAUUUAAAAUAAAGGUGAGGCUUUGGAAAGCAAUGCAUAUGCAUGAUAUAAAUGGACAAAAAAAGAAGAAAAAUAUACAUGCAUUUCUAAUGGCAAAUUUCCCAUGUUUACUAACAAAUAUAAAGUCUGGUUACACUGUCGAUGUGGUAGAAUUUACUUUAAAUUAUAUUAAAGACUUCUUUCCUUUAAAAGCAGACAAAGACCCCCCAAUGUGUCCUGCUAUCUUAGUUCUCCAUUUAAUGCAGUAUUAAAAAGGGACUGUUUAGUCAUGUGAAACCAUAUACCCUGGGUCACAGCCUCAUGUCCGGUGUUCCAUCCAAACAACUCCCAGAAUACUCUAUAAUUAUUGUAAGAAGUAGUUGUUAUGGCUUCGAUGUUUGUGGUGACUGACACAGUAAGUAUUUGUGAUGGUGUCUCUCCUUUUAAAUUUAUGAUUUGUCGUUCCAAAGAUAAAGUACACAUUUUUGUCAGUUAAAUUAUAAGUACAGUUGUUUCAUGAAAAAUUGGGCUAUCUCCAGUAAUAUUAGAUGUUGACUUGGAUACAUUAUCCUAUGAAAAUAACAUGGAGUCAGCAUGGACAAUCCAUGGAAAGCAUUGUGUAUAAAAUAAAGUUUUUUAUGUAGUUUUA